CCUAAGGCUUAUCCAUCGCUCUGACCACGUCCACACACGCUCUAAGACAAUCCAGGAAAGAGGGGGAGAAGUUUAGAAACAACAGAUGGGAUGAUUUCAUCGCUUUGUCUGGAGUUCUCAGUUCAGAUUUGACUCCGGCGUUGCUUUCAAGAGUCGCACGAGUUAGUUUUUCUAAGGAUUAUCCGGGAAGACUUGUGUAUUGUUCAGCCAGGAGGAGAAAAAAAAAUGGUGCCGCUCUCACUUAUCGUCUUAGCCUGCGCCAUCUGCUGCUUUUCGGUGACCGCGGAUGUGUUAAGGGCAGAGGCGUGGCUCCAGCAAUAUGGCUACCUACCUCCCGGUGACGUCAGAGCACAGGCUCUGCGUUCGCCGCAGUCUGUCGAGACGGCUAUUGCGGCAAUGCAGCGUUUCUACGGUUUGACCGUCACGGGCUCGAUAGACGCCGACACGUUACAGGCGAUGAGCCGUCCGCGGUGCGGCGUUCCAGACAAAUUUGGACCGGCGCUCAAAAGCAACCUGAGGAGGAAGCGCUAUGCGGUGCAGGGAUUGAAGUGGGACAAAUCUGAGGUGACUUACAGUAUUCAGAACUACACGCCAAAAGUUGGUGAACACGCGACCUAUGAAGCCAUCCGCAAGGCAUUCAAAGUGUGGGAGAGUGCCAUCCCUAUUACCUUCAGAGAGAUCCCGUACAGUCACAUCCGGGGCAAGGUGGACAAGUACGCGGACAUCAUGCUGUCCUUCGCUGAGGGCUUCCACGGUGACAGUACGCCAUUUGAUGGCGAGGGCGGCUUCCUGGCUCACGCCUACUUCCCCGGUCAGGGGAUCGGGGGAGACACGCACUUUGACCUCGCCGAGCCUUGGACCAGCGGGAACGUGGACCAGGGUGGGAACGAUGUUUUCCUGGUAGCAGUCCACGAGUUGGGUCACGCUUUGGGUUUGGAGCACUCCAACAACCCGUCUGCCAUCAUGGCCCCCUUCUACCAGUGGAUGGACACGGAAAACUUCCAGCUUCCGGACGAUGACCGCAGAGGAAUCCAAGCCAUUUACGGUACCAAGACUGGAGCUCCUCCACCUCCACCUAGACCUACCAAGUCCUCCCGUCCCAAUAGACCAGAAAACGGCCCAGAUAUCUGCGAGGGACAUUUUGACACAAUCGCCAUUCUCAGAGGAGAGAAAUUCGUCUUUAAGGACAACUGGUUUUGGCGUGUACGCAACAACAAAGUGCUUCCGGGCUACCCCAUGGCCAUUAGCCACUUCUGGAAAGGUCUUCCUUCCAACAUCAAUGCCGCGUACGAGCGAGACGACGGGAAAUUCAUCUUCUUUAAGGGUGACAAGUACUGGGUGUUCAGCGAAGCCACCAUGGAGAAGGAUUCACCGAAGAACCUCAAAGACAUCGGGACCGGUCUGCCUAAAGACAAAAUGGAUGCAGCUCUCUUCUACACCCCCACGGGACAAACAUACUUCUUCAGAGGCACUAAGUACUACCGCUUCAACGAAAGGACUCGCACGGUUGAUACUGGUUAUCCCAAGCCGAUCAGCACGUGGAGCGGCGCGCCAGACAACAUCAAAGCCGCCAUCAUGAGCGAGGAUGGAUCUUACACGUACUUCUACAAAGCCAACAAGUAUUGGAAGUUCAACAACCAGUACAUGAAGGUGGAGUCCGGAUACCCCAAAUCCGUGCUGAGUGACUGGAUGGGCUGCGAGGGCGACGAGCCCAAGAAGGGUCGCGAAGAGGUGAUCAUCCUAGAGGUGGACGAAGCCGAGGGCGGCAUCGGACCGGUUGCCGUAGUGAUCCCGCUCCUCCUUUUAAUUCUUGUGGUGAUCACCCUGGGGGCGCUACUCUUCUUCAGAAAGUACGGCACGCCUCGGCGCCUCCUUUACUGCCAGAGAUCACUUCUGGACAAGGUUUAGGUACCGGUACUUUAUGGACGUUAAGGACCCAAAAAUGAGUCAGCGAGGGCCAGAUGAAGAUGCAAAAUGGGAGACGGGACGGCACUAGCACGGACGAUCGGGAUGUCCAAAAGUUUGGCUGGUUUCUACAGAAUACGUAGAAACCAGAAUCCUAACUAUUUACAUGUACUGUACCUGCAAGCUCGACUUCAGAAGGGAUAUCAAAACCAAAAGGGAAAAAAAAGACUGCUUCCAUGCUCCAAAGUUUUGGGGGUGGAAGUGACCAUCAACAUAAAAUGCCAUUGCAGCCUAACCUUUUUGUUGCUCUUCCUGUCUUUAUGUUGCAACCUGCUAAUGAUGCCACUGAUUUUAAAGUCAUGAGCAGGUCGCAACAGCUCGGGAGAAGAAGCGCCACUCAAAGUCAAUGAUGUCAAACUUAAGGCCCCUCCUACAGGUUCCAUCAAGUGAAAUUUAAGCCUUUGAACUCGUUAGCUGCCAUUGACGACUCUAGAUGACAUCUACUCAUGAUAAACUCAGAGUUUGAGUUAAAUUUUCAGAGCCACAUAAAUGGACAUCUACUCAUGAUAAACUCGGAGUUUGAAUUAGCUUUUAAGAGCUACAUUAUUGGACAUCGAUUCAUCAUAAACUAAGAGUUUGAAUUUGCUUUUAAGAGCCGCAUUAUUGGACAUCUACUCAUGAAUCACUUAAAUAGUUUGAAUUAGAUUUUAAGAGCCACAUUACAAGACAUCUACUCAUGAUAAACUCAAGAGUUUGAAUUAGCUUUUAAGAGUGACAUUACUGGACAUCUACUCUUAAUAAGCUCGGAGUUUGAAUUGGUUUUUAUUAGCCACAUUAUUGGACAUUUCCACAUGGUAAACUCAUAGUUUAUUAAUAAAUAAAGUAAAUGAUUAAUCAAUAAAAGUUAAUUCAAUCCUGAGUUUGAAUUCACUUUUAAGAGUCACCUUAUUAGAUAUCUACUCAUGAUAAACUCAGAGUUUGGAUGAGGUUUUAAGAGUCACAUUAUUGGACAUCUUAUAAUAAACUCAGAGUUUGAAUUAGCUUUCUAGAGCCACAUUAUUGGACAACUACUCAUGGUAAAUUCAGAGUUUGAAUUAGGUUUUAAGAGCCACAUUAUUGGAUAUCGAUUCAUCAUAAACUCAGAGUUAUGAUUAGAUUUUCAGAGCCACAUAAUUGGAAAUCUACUCAUGAUAAACUCAAGGUUUGAAUUAGCUUUUCGGAGUUACAUUAUUGGAAAUCGGCUCAUGAUAAACUCAGAGUUUAAAUAAGCUUUUAAGAGCCACAUUAUUGGACUUCUAGUCAUGAUAAACUUAGUGUUUGUUUUAGCUUUUAAGAGCCACAUUAUUGGAAUCUACUCUUAAUAAACUCAGUCUGAAUUAGUUUUUGUUAGCUACAUUAUUGGACAUCUCUUGGACAAACUCAGAGUUUGAAUUAGCUUUUUAGAACCACAUUAUUGGACAUUGAUUCAUCAUAAACUCAGAGUUUUAAUUAGCUUUUCAGAGCCACAUAAUUGGACAUCUACUCAUGAUAAACUCAAGGUUUGAAUUAGCUUUUCGGAGUUACAUUAUUGGAAAUCUGCUCAUGAUAAACUCAGAGUUUGAAUUGGCUUUAAAGAACCACAUUAUUGGACAUGUACUAAUGAUAAACUCAAGAAUUUGAAUUAGCUUUUCCGAAUCACAUUAUUGGACAUCUACUCAUAAUAAACUCAAAGUUUGAAUUGGCUUUUAAGAGCCAUAUAAUUGGACGUCUACCCAUGAUAAACUCAGACUAUGAAUUAGCUUAUAUUAGCCACAUUUUGGCCAUCUACUCAUGAUAAACUCAGAGUUUGGAUUAGCUUUUUAAGACCCACAUUAAUGGACGUCUAUUAUUGUCAAUGGCAGUGAAAGAGUGACAACAUUUUUAAGCCCGACUUUUUUCGAACUGCUGUUAGAUUGCAAAACAUGUAAUCCGACAUUCCAAACAUAUCGCGUUUUAAAUGCUAACACCGACGACAGGGAUACAACGUUUCUGCAUUUUUUUGUUGUUCUUGUGUGUUUUAUUUUAGUUUUUGUUUGUCAAUUUUGCGAAAAACAUUGCAUAGAUAGUCCACGUGGUACAGAAACAUUCUCGUUCGGUCGGAAAGGGAAACUCGCGGAGAAAUUCCCGACAAUACGGUGCAAUUUUUUAAGUAAAUUAUCGUAUUAUUUUAAGUAUGUCGCCUCCUAGUGUUUCGGUUCCUUCUUUUGCACCCCGCACAUUGUCGAGAGUCCUGCUGGACAGAGGCGCAGCGCGGCAAUGGUCUUAACGAGCAAUCAGGCGAUUCAUUUGAAACGUUAGCCGACAUUAGCAUGUGAUAAUCGAUGCUAUUUAUGAACACACGGUGCUUGGUUUCUUCAAACAAAACAUAUCAAAGUGAAUUGGAGGAUCAUUAUAUUUAUGAGCGUAUCAAUAAAAGCCAAUGAUUGUUGUUGUGCUUUCAUUUUUUUUUUUAGAUGGGGCUUUGGGAAAAACCUACGAUUCCCUCAUAAUUUGCCAAAAUCUUGCCAUUUCAUUUCUAAUGGGAUGCCAUUGACAGCCAUGUAUGUCCAAAUUUCCCAUUCAUUUUUAAUGGCAGGAAAACAUAGGUUCAUGUGAU